CAGCUUCAAAACAAAAGUGUGAAAAGGGGAAAACAAAGCACAUUCACGGUCAAAGUGUGUUCGAUUGGUGUUUCCUGCACGCGUCGCAUCCUUUUUUUUGCAUCGGAAUUGCGUGCUGGCGAGCUUCCGCUGGCAUACACUGUGCUAGGACAAAAUGUACCAACCAUACCUGCAGCAGGCCGUACAAUCCCUCCAGACGCUUAGCUCGGACGAGCUGAGAGAUCUGCUGGGGGACGACGAGAAGCUGGACGAACGAGUUAACGAAGCGGUGCAAUCACUAGAAUCGUCGAAGGAUUUAAUUAUCGCCGAAAACCGCAGCCUCGCAGAGAACAACUUGAACUUUGAACCAAAGAUGGUCGAGGUGCGGUCGCGGGUGCAGGAGCUGGGCGACGAGUGCCGUACGCUGGGUGAAUCGGUGAAGGAAUUAGCGACACAAUUGGCUUCAAAGUCUGAAAAGAACAAUGCCGAAACGGUGCUCGCUCUGCUCCAGACAGCCGCAGCCGAAAGCGAAGAAGAGUCGGAAAAGAUUGUGAAACAGCUUCUCGAUAGCGAACUAACAGUAGACGCUUACGUAGAACAAUUCAUGCACAGUCGCAAGUUGAUGCACAGCAGAAAGCUGAAGGCGGAAAAGAUGGCCGAGCUGCUGCGUAGCAAUAGGCACCCGCCCGCACAAAGAUUUAACGCAGGCUAUGGACCGACCUCGAUGCCCUAUCCAUCCUCAGAAUCUGCACUUCCCGGCGGUUUCUAUGUGCCGCCCGGAAUGGGGGCUCCCAGCACUGCUGUACCCUAUCCGGUGGGGCCACCGUCGAUGCCGAUGCCGAUGGUCAUGUUCCGGCCGCCACAAUUCUAAUGGAAAGCUUUCGUGUAUGCCUUUACUACCGAUAACUGCCUCCGUAUUGUUGAUGGGUACAGUUGAACUUCUCCUGCUCCCCCCGGGCCCGACCGGAUGUAGACGAUUGCGACAGGCGAUGAAAGGUGAGCCAUCGAACAAACGCUUUAUUGAUUGUUCUAAACGCUCAACGAAGAUUAGGGCCAUAUAAGCUCGUACGAAUAGGUUUGCUACUGUGACACUAAUAAUGAAGAGUUUAAUUUGUUAAGUUAAAACAAUAGAACCGGUGCAAAUGGUAUCGGUUUGCAGGAGUAAGAGUUUGUGCCUGCCGAACAGGCUACAGUGUGUGCAGAAAUUAAAUAUAUCAGCGAAACGUUAAUAACAAACGGUGUUAACACCAAAAAAAAAA